AUGUCUGGGAAGACCAAGGGCUGUGUCUGCACGGACAAAGGCCAGUGCUUCUGCAGUGGGAUCAAAGGGGAGAAGGGAGAGCAAGGUCUUCCCGGACCCCCUGGUUCUCCUGGCCUGAAGGGAUUCCCAGGUCCUGAAGGCUCACCUGGACCACAGGGACCCAAGGGCGCUCCAGGACUUCCAGGACUCACUGGUCCCAAAGGUAUAAGGGGAAUAAGUGGAUUACCAGGAUUUUCAGGUCCUCCUGGACUUCCAGGCAGCCCCGGCUAUCCUGGACCUUACGGUCCUGCUGGUUUACCAGGAUGCAAUGGUUCUAAGGGUGAGCAAGGAUUCCCAGGAUUUCCAGGGACACCAGGCUACCCAGGGGUCCCGGGUGCCAUUGGCUUAAAAGGAGAAAAGGGUGCUCCUGCUGAAGGAGAAGGUAUAGAACAUGAUGGCAAAGGGGAUCCCGGGCUGCCAGGAGCUCCAGGAGUCCAGGGUUUGCCGGGCCUCCCAGGUUUUCCUGGACCUGUGGGCCCACCUGGCCCUCCGGGAUUCUUUGGUUUGCCAGGAACCAUGGGGUCUCCGGGACUUAAGGGUCACAUGGGUGAUAAUGUGAUUGGACAAAAAGGAGAGCGGGGUGUGAAAGGAUUAAUAGGACCUCCUGGAUCACCAGGAACUGUUAUUGUGACGCUGACUGGCCCAGAUAACAGAACGGAACUCAAAGGGGAGAAGGGAGACAAGGGCAUGAUGGGCCAACCCGGACCUCCUGGACCCAUAGGACCACCAGGAGACUCUUAUGGAUCAGAAAAAGGUGCCCCUGGAGAACCUGGUUCACAGGGGAAACCUGGAAAAGACGGGGCCCCUGGGUUCCCUGGCACUGAGGGAGCCAAAGGCAGCAGGGGCUUCCCUGGGUUGAGGGGCGAAGAUGGCAUUAAGGGCUGGAAAGGGGACAUUGGCCCUCCAGGAUUUCGUGGCCCAACAGAAUAUUAUGAUGCAUAUGCGGUAAAGGGAGAUGAGGGAACUCCAGGCCCUCCGGGCCCCAAAGGAGCUCGUGGCCCACAGGGUCCCAGUGGCCCCCCCGGAGAUCCUGGAAGGCCUGGGUCAUCAAAGCCUGGCCUCAGAGGAGCCCCUGGACCACCAGGCAUGAAAGGAAGUAAAGGGGAGCGAGGACCCCCAGGAAAGAACGCAGUGGGGUCUCCCGGGGCCUCGGGUUGUCCUGGUUCACCAGGCCCUCCAGGGCUGCCGGGACCUCCGGGACCACCAGGUGACAUCGUCUAUCGCAAAGGUCCCCCUGGACAAGGUGGGCAUCCAGGCCAUGUGGGGCCUCCAGGAAUCCCAGGUGUCGAUGGGCGCAAAGGGGAGCCAGGCCUCGUGUGCACAGACUGUCCUUGUGUCCCAGGGCCUCCGGGUCUCCCAGGACUGCCGGGAUUUGAUGGCGUAAAAGGAAUCCCAGGAGGACGAGGGGCAGCUGGCAUUAAAGGAAGCCCAGGGUCCCCAGGAAGUGUGGGUCAUCCAGGAUACCCAGGAUUCCCGGGUGCUCAGGGUGAUCCAGGACUUAAAGGAGAGAAAGGCGAAGCAGCUCAGCCAGAGGGAGAAGUGGGUAGUCCAGGAGACCCAGGGCCCAGGGGGCCACCUGGAAGAGGGGGCUUGGAUGGAAUUCCUGGAACCCCUGGAGUGAAAGGAUUACCAGGACCUAAAGGCAAACCGGCACUCAGUGGUGAGAAGGGGGACCCGGGUCCUCCAGGGGAUCCUGGCAUCCCUGGGUCCCCAGGACCCGCAGGACCAGCUGGACCACCAGGCUAUGGACCGCAGGGAGAGCCUGGUCCAAAGGGCGCCCAAGGAGUUCCUGGAGCCCCUGGACCACCUGGAGAUGCCGGUCCUAAGGGAGAGUUCAGUGUUUCAACACCAAUCCCAGGGCUCCCAGGACCACCAGGGCCACCAGGCCAUGCUGGCCCCCGAGGUCCACCUGGCUUCCCGGGACAAACAGGAAAAUGUGAGCCAGGUGCUCCUGGGCCUGACGGGGAUCCAGGAAUUCCAGGAAUUGGAUUCCCUGGGCCUCCUGGACCUAAGGGAGACCGAGGUUUUCCAGGAACUAAAGGAUCACCAGGUUGUCCUGGAGAAAUGGGAAAGCCAGGGUUACCUGGAAAUCCAGGCCUCCCAGGAGCCAAGGGAGAACCAGGACUAGCCAUGCCUGGAGAACCAGGAAUACCAGGUUUUCCAGGAGAAAGAGGCAAUGCUGGGGAAAAUGGAGAAAUUGGACUCCCUGGACUUCCAGGUCUCCCUGGAAUUCCAGGAACUGGAGGGCUUGAUGGACCACGAGGGGAUCCAGGGCAGCCUGGACCACCUGGAGAAAAAGGACUCCCAGGGAGAUGCACAGAGGGUGCCAGGGGACCCCAGGGACUUCCAGGCUUAAAUGGAUUGAAAGGGCAACAAGGUAGAAAAGGUGAAGCAGGACCAAAGGGAGACCCAGGGAUUCCAGGCUUGGAUAGAUCAGGACUUCCUGGAGAACCUGGACCACCAGGAAUGCCAGGUCAUCAAGGCGAGAUGGGACCACCUGGUCAAAAAGGAUAUCCAGGAAACCCAGGAUUUUUAGGGCCACCAGGUGAAAGAGGAACCAUUGGGAUGAUGGGCUACCCGGGCAACAUUGGCCUUCCGGGGCCUCCUGGGACCCCAGGCUCCCCAGGACAGAAGGGUAGCUCUGGAAUCCCAGGAGCAAAGGGUGAGAGAGGACCCCCAGGAGCCAAGGGGGAGAAAGGAACUAAAGGACCUCCUGGGCCUUCUCAAAUAUCUCACUUACUGGGGGACAAAGGAGAACCAGGCCUCAAAGGGUUUGCAGGACAGCCGGGUGAGAAAGGAAACAGAGGCAUUCCCGGGUUACCGGGUUUAGAAGGACACAAAGGGCCACCUGGGCCACCAGGACCACCAGGCCCCAGAGGAGAUCCUGGAAGCAAUGGGAAUCCUGGAGAACCAGGCCCCCAAGGAGUGCCAGGAAGCAUGGGGAACAUGGGGGUGCCAGGGUCCAAAGGAAAGAGGGGAACUUUGGGACUCCCAGGUCUCCCUGGAAAAACAGGCUUCCCAGGUAUUCAUGGUCCCCAAGGAGAUAAGGGAGAGCCAGGUUAUUCAGAAGGCACAAGGCCAGGACCACCAGGACCCAAGGGAGAACCAGGAUUGCCAGGUGUCGUGGGAAGGAAAGGAGAAAGAGGGCCACCUGGGCCACCUGGAUAUUCAGGGCCUGCUGGACCUGACGGAGUCCCUGGACAUCCCGGAAGUCCCGGCCACCCAGGAAAGCCGGGUCCUGAUGGUGACAUGGGGUCAAGAGGAAUGAAAGGCUUCCCUGGAUUUCCAGGAACAAAAGGCCCUCCAGGCCCUCCAGGAUUCCCAGGAAACCCUGGACCAAUGGGUAUGAGAGGAGACCAAGGAAGUGAUGGGAUUCCUGGUCCAGCAGGAGAAAAGGGAGAAACGGGUUUGCUGGGGGCACUUCCAGGCCCAAAAGGGAAGCCUGGUGUUCAAGGAGCGAAAGGAGACAGAGGAGCCCCAGGCUUGCCUGGCCUUCCCGGCAGGAAAGGAACAGUGGGAGAUGUUGGGUCUCGAGGACCCCCGGGAGUGCCAGGAUUCCCAGGGCCACCAGGUUUCCCUAGUGCAAUCAUCCCUGGCCAAAAAGGAAACCGAGGUCCACCAGGCCCAAGAGGAAAUCCAGGUGAGCCUGGUCCCCCUGGACCUCCGGGGAGUCACAUCAAAGGCAUAAAGGGAGACAAGGGAUUUAUGGGUGAUCCAGGCCCAAGAGGCCCACCUGGAGCCGUAGGAGACACAGGGCCACCAGGUCCUCCCGGACCCCCCGGUACUCCAGGUCUGCCAGGGCCCAGAGGUGACCCUGGGUUCCAAGGAUUUCCAGGCAUGAAAGGAGAGAAGGGCAAUCCAGGAUUUCCAGGAUCAAUUGGACCUCCAGGGAAAACUGGGCCAAAAGGGCCACCAGGUGUACGUGGAGACCCUGGCACAGUUAAGAUCAUCUCCCUUCCAGGAAGUCCAGGGCCACCUGGCCGAGCUGGAGAACCAGGGAUGCAAGGAGAACCUGGGCCACCAGGGCCACCGGGAAUCCUAGGACCCUGUGGGCCAAGAGGUAAACCAGGCAAGGAUGGAAAACCUGGAACUCCUGGACCACCUGGAGAAAAAGGCAGCAAAGGUUGUAAAGGAGAGCAAGGACCGCCUGGAUUCGAUGGACGGCCAGGUUUGAAGGGGAUACCUGGUGACACCGGACCACCUGCAACCAGGACAAUGAGAGGCUUUCUUUUCACCCGGCAUAGUCAGACCACAGCAAUUCCUUCCUGUCCGGAAGGAACAGAGCCACUCUAUAGUGGGUUCUCUCUUCUUUUCAUACAAGGAAAUGAGCAAGCUUAUGGACAAGACCUGGGAACUCUUGGAAGCUGCCUACAGCGAUUUACCACAAUGCCAUUCCUAUUCUGUAACAUCAAUGAAGUAUGUAAUUUCGCAUCUCGAAAUGAUUAUUCAUACUGGCUGUCAACACCAGCUCCGAUGCCAAUGGACAUGGCUCCAAUUACUGGCAGGGCUCUGCAGUCUUAUAUUAGCAGAUGCACUGUCUGUGAAGGUCCUGCGAUUGCCAUAGCCAUUCACAGCCAAACCACUGACAUUCCCGCAUGUCCCCAUGACUGGAUUUCUCUCUGGACAGGAUUUUCUUUCAUCAUGUUCACAAGUGCAGGUUCUGAGGGCUCUGGGCAAGCACUGGCAUCCCCGGGAUCCUGCUUGGAAGAAUUCCGAGCCAGUCCCUUCAUAGAAUGUCAUGGAAGAGGAACAUGCAACUACUAUUCAAAUUCCUACAGUUUCUGGUUGGCUUCAUUAAACCCAAAAAGAAUGUUCAGAAAACCUAUUCCAUCAACUGUGAAAGCUGGGGAGUUAGAAAAGAUCAUAAGUCGCUGUCGGGUGUGCAUGAAGAGAAGACAAUGAAGAAAUCAAUGAACAUAGAACUGUUAUUUUUCAUCUUAAAUAAUCAAGUAAUG